UGGACUUCAUCAGCAAAAUCGGGCUAUUGUGGUUCUCCACAACCAAUGGGGGAAUCAGGCUUCAUGUGAUCCGGACCAAAGCGGAUUAGACCAGAAUCUUGGUUUUCGGUCAUCCAAAUUCAAACUGAGAGAAGCUGUUUCUCCUUAUAUUUCUGAAUGAUUUAUGCGCGCAAAGAUAUCUACUUCGACCUGCAGAAUGAUUAUGAUAAUUCUGCACGUUUUUUAUUAGAAAUACAUCCACAUUUGACCAAGAUAGCGUCAGAGCAUUUUGGUUUGCGUUGACACUACUACCACAAGCUAAAUAACAUUGUUAUUUAGAUAUAUUUGCGACACUGUCGGAUAUUUUUUGAAAAUUGGAAACAAGCAAUGGAAAGAAGCCAUACAGAAAAUUACAAAGAUCCCCUUCUAUCAAUUUCUUAUUUACGGCUCUUGGCCCCACCCCUGCAACUUCUGUCAGCUGCUAUGUGGCAAGUUGUGCAGAAAGGACUUGUCAUGCAUUAUGGGAUGCUGGAGGAGUUUGUCACCUCGGUGACAGAGAUGGUCCCAGAGCUGCUGAGUUACCGGCAGAGGGCCCAACUCAUCCUGGGACUGAGAGCCAGGCUGGUUCUGGAGUUGUGUCGUGGUGAUCACCAAGUCGACCCUAAGACCAUCCAACCCCACCUGGACAGAAUCAAAGCUUCCAUUACUACACCCAGGGACCACUGUGUGGGUGAUUUACUAUGCACAUUAACCCACAGGCGGCUGGUGGCACCUUCAUUUCGGGAGAACGGGCUCAUAGUGACUGAUGCACAAGUAGAAGAUUCCGGGGCCAAUUUCUUGGAGCUGGUCCAAACCCUUCUUCAAGACCCAGGUGUGAAAGAGGACUUCUUCCUGGAGGUGUUCCCAGUACAGUACGGCCAGAAGUAUGACACAGCACUGGAGAUUCUCCUGUGGGAGUUCCUCUCCAGACUGGAGGAGCUGCUGCCUGUACCAGACUUUGCACAGAUGGUGUCAUGGCUUGAUGGAGCCCCCUCAGUUCUGGAUGAGUGUUUGCAAUCAGCGACUCCGCCAGAGGAGAUGAAGGCUUUAAUUGAACAUCACAGAAAUCUUGGACAUGUUGACGUAAAAGACACUUGCUCUUUACCUAUGGACGACUGCAUCCUCUCCUCUCUGUCUCUCCCUCCAGUCACAAAACUGGGGACUACUGUUGACAAACAAACUCAAAAACACCUGCAAGAUGCCACACCAAAUUCAAACCAUCCAAAUAAAGAAGAGAUUAUUGAGAUUCCCAUUGACCAAUCAAAUCUGGAGACUGGCAAGAGGAGGAUAUCUGAGAGAACAAGACAGAAGCGAAAUGAACAGAGGGACAGAAUUGAAACAGAUGAAAUUGUGGAGGAGGGAACAUCAUUUUCAGCAAAUGAGAGUAGGCGAGGGCAGACUCUGCCCUCGAAGAGGAAAAUGAGCGACAGUUCGGAGGUUCCCCGGAAACGGCAAGCAGAUUCACCUCUGUUUCAGGAUUCUCCAGUGAAUAUCGAAUCUUUUAGUGAAUCUCCUCUCAUCUCGAUAUGGGGAGAAUACACAGAACCCCAAGAUGCUGCCUAUCCCAUGACGACUGACAUCAAAGUCCCUUGGUCGGAUGAUGAGACUCUAAACCUCAUAGACAUUUGGGGAAAAGACUCUGUGCAGCGAGUUCUGAAAGGCUGUGUCAAAAAUCGCCACGUGUUCACUCUCAUUUCCAAAAACAUGUCUGAGAGAGGCUACAUGAGAACUGUAGAGCAGUGUCAGACCAGGAUCAAACGAUUGAAGAACAGCUUUCGUCAGUCUCUCCAGCAGAAAGUGGAGUGUAAAUUUUAUGACCAGCUAGAGCGAAUACUUGGGAAUGUGUCCCCCUUAACGGUUCCUGAGGUCACCUAUGAUGUUGAAGAGGUGACAGAUGACCAUCUAGAAGACACUGAUGAUUGGGAAUUCCCUGGCCACUCUGGUCUAGAAGAUAUGGGAACAAGAAGUGUUCCCUGGACAGACUUGGAGACCCUCACCCUAAUCAACAUAUGGGGAGAUGACAAAAUGCAGAGGGAAUUGAGGGGUAUGCAUAGAAAUGGGCACCUUUUUGCUGUGAUAUCCCAAAAGAUGUCUGCCCAGGGCUUUAUCCGGACUGCAGAGCAAUGCCAGACAAGGGUUAAAAGACUGAAACGGAGUUUCCGACAGUGCUACGAGAACAACAUGAAAGGCAGAGAGCAAGUAGAAUGCAAAUUCUAUGACCUACUGGAGAGAAUACUGGGGAAUGAGCUUCCCUCAUACGUGGAGGUGUCAGAAAACUGUCUUGACAUGGACUCUAGAGAAGCAUGGUCAGCAGACAACGAGUGCUCUGUUAACUCUUCCCAGGAGAGGGAGGCUGUGGUGGGCGUGCCAGAGGACAGGAAGAAGAUCCCCUGGGUGGACGGCGAGACAGUGAUCCUUCUGGAGCUCUGGGGAGACGACACUGUGCAGCAGAACCUGAAGCGCUGCCCGCACAACGGUCACAUAUACUCAGAGAUUUCGGAAAAGCUCAACAUCCGUGGUUAUCACAGAACUGCAGAGCAGUGCCACACCAGGAUAAAGCGUUUGAAAGCCAGCUAUCGGCAGUGCCAGGAAACCAUCAGUUCAUCUGGAUCUGAGCAGGUUCAUUUUAAGUUCUACAAUAUUUUAGAUCAAAUACUUGAGAGGCAGCCUCCCUCUACCAGCACAGUGGUGACAGACUUGACCAAUGACAUAUCAGAUGAAUCAAACAGUGACUCACUUCAAGAGUGUACAGAAGUGGACAACUACACCACUUCUGAGAAGAUCACACCAGGCUCAUGGUUGGAUCCUGAGACCCUGGCCCUCAUUGACAUCUGGGGGGAGGAUGAGGUUCAGAGGGUGCUGAGAGACUUUGUCUAUAACGGCCCUGUCUACAUGGACAUAUCAGAAAAGAUGCAUGACCAAGGGUACUCCAAGACCCCAGAGCAGUGUCGUUGGAAAGUCAAGUCCAUGAGGAACAACUUCCGUCAGUGCUACGACAGGAAAAAAUGUGGAAGAAAGGGAGUGGAAUACAAGUUCUACAAUCAGUUGGAGCGAAUACUUGGGCAUGAAGCGGCGUCCAUUGAUGAGUAUGAUGAAAGAGACGAUCCAACAGUAGACCAGGACACAGGUGCUGAUGGGAUGAGAUGCAUCCCGUGGUCAGAGCCAGAGACGCUGGCCCUCAUUGAGCUGUGGGGGAACGAGGAUGUCCAGGCCAGUCUACGAGGUUGCGUCCGCAACGGGCACAUUUUCGCCGACAUAGCGGAGAAGCUGGCCACCAUUGGGCACUUCAAAACAGCUGAGCAGUGCCACUCGAGGGUUAAGCGGCUGAGGAAAACCUACCGACGGUGUCUCCACAGCAGGGCAAACGGAGGGGAGCCCUUACUCUUCAGAUACUACAGGUUCCUGGAGCCGGUGCUAGGCAACGACACGCUCUCCCUCGAUGCAGAGAUUGUUGAUUUGUGUGAUGACUUCAAUCCAGAUCCCACUGAGGAACCAGAUCAGGAAACGGGCCAGGGCUCAGUCAGUUACGCUGUGGCGGAGUCCAGCAGAAAGAUGCCCUGGUCCGAUCGGGAGACCCAGGCUCUGCUGGAGGUCUGGGGUGAGGACCAUGUGCAGCUCUCCCUCCGCGGCUGCUUGAAGAACAGACAUGUGUUUGAAUACAUCUCACGGAGGAUGACGACCCAGGGGUUCAUCAGGACAGCUGAGCAGUGCCACACCCGCAUCAAACGACUCAAGGCCAGCUUCCACCAUGACAAAAUGGAAUGUAAGUUCUACGACCAGAUGGAGGAGAUUUUCUCGAGGGAGCUCAACGUUGACAGUUUGGCCGAAGAUUCGUUAGACAAUGAGGAAGCUGCUGUCUGGGAGCCUACACUUGAAGUUGACCAAAGGAAAGCUAGCCGUCCUUUAACUGACGGCUCCAAGUUCUCCUGGAGUGACAGUGAGACCCAGGUCCUCCUCAGUAUCUGGGGGAGUGACGAGGUCCAGGAGGAUCUGAAGGGCUGCACUAAAAACAGACACAUUUUCACUGAGAUCUCUCAGGCCAUGGCCAACGAGGGCUACCUGAGGACAGCCGAACAGUGCCAGUCUAGAGUGAAGCGGCUAAAGGCCAACUUUCGCCAGUUCUGCGAGAGCAAACAGAUUGGAGGGGAAAAAGUUGAGUGCAAAUUCUACGAUCAGUUUGUGCAAAUAUUCGGGAACAAGUAUCUACCCUGUGACUCUCUGGCUGAGGAAUCAAAUGGUGCCACAGACAUGGGAGAGGUCCCAGGUGGCCAAGUCCAAGGAACUGUCUCUCCAGAAUCAGGCAGCUGUCCAUCAUCGUGGGAACUAGAUCUCCCCUGGAGCAUUGAGGAGACUGAAGCCCUCCUUGACAUAUGGGGCAGUGUCAGAAUCCAAGAGGACCUGAGGGGAAACACUGAAAUGGAACACAUGUAUACAGAGAUCUCUCAAAUGAUGGCUGACCAGGGCUUCAUGAAAACAGCAGAGCAGUGCCAGACAAGGGCAACACAACUGAACCUGAGUAUUAUUCCAAUCUGACAACGAGGAAACAUUAGUGAACAUCUGAAGACAGUUUUGUAGAGCCACAGGAAAGAUGCAAUGACUCAACAAUGACUUCUGGAAAAGAGGUGUAUAAACAAUUACAAUGACCUG